AUGUCCUCAACAAAAACGCUCGCCCAAACCUACGGACCACGUCCGCAAUGUUUCGCCAUCGAUGGUUCCGGCGAAAAAUACUACAUCGGUUCGGAAAUCGGCGCAUAUUUGCGCCUGCACCGCGGAACACUCUACAAAAAAUAUCCACUUUUGUGGCGAAAAGUCGCCACUUCGGAAGUCAAGGAUAAAUUGAAGCAAAUCGCCAUGUCUAACGCGUUUUUGCAUACGAAUAUUAUGUGAGUUAGCCGAACUCGCGGCUGAAAAUGAGCUAUCUUUGCAGGCUUUUGCGCGCCGAAGAGGUCAACGAAUUGCUCGAUGGAAAUGACGAGAAAUACCGUGCAGCUGGCGCUUCCUCUUCGUCUUCCGCAACUCCGCGCAUCGAAUCAAGUGUUAAAACUCGCGGAGCAACUGGUGGAAAUUGGGCGACUCAACAAGUCACCUCAGGAUCACAUCAUUUGGAAUCGGUUCCGUGUUCUUGUCCGAUUUCUCAAGGAAGAGGACGAAUUAAGAAUAAGGAAUUGGUGUUUUCUGGUGAGUUUUUGGUUGGAAAUUAUGUGAAAAUCUGAAAAAUUGACUGAAAAUCGUCCGAAACCCUUUUUUAAAGGUGUAGAAUUGAUUUUUCCAACAAAAACCGUUUAAAAUUACUCUUACUAUUAGCAACUGCGCUCCAUCGCACUUUUCAGCGGGUUGCAAAAAAUUUUGAAUUUCCCCACCAGAAAAAACUGGAUUUUCUAGCGAAAUAACUGAGAAAUGCUCAUUUUUCCUAUGAGCAACAAAUUUCACGUUUAAAAAAAUGAAAAAAUUGAGGAUUUUUUGAAGAAAAUACUGAAAAUUGACCAAAUUUCAAGUUUCUAGAUUCAAAUUUCAUGAAAAUCGGGUUGUUUCGAGCUGUGGAGCUUGAAAAUAUAGCCGAAAUUCAAUUUUUCGAACCCGGAAGCCUAGAAACUGGCCAAAAAUCAAUUUUUCGAGGCCGGAAGCCUAGAAAAUGACCAAAAACCAAUUUUUCGAGCCCGGAAGCUUAGAAAAUGGCCAAAAAACCAAUUUUUUGAGCUCGGAAGCCUAGAAAAUGGCCAAAAACCAGUUGUUCGAGCCCGGAAGCCUAGGAAAUGGCCAAAAACCAAUUUUUCGAGCCCGGAAGCCUAGAAAAUGGCCAAAAACCAAUUUUUCGAGCCCGGAAGCCUAGAAAAUGGCCAAAAACCAAUUUUUCGAGCCCGGAAGCCUAGAAAAUGGCCAAAAACCAAUUUUUCGAGCCCGGAAGCCUAGAAAAUGGCCAAAAACCAAUUUUUCGAGCCCGGAAGCCUAGAAAAUGGCCAAAAACCAAUUUUUCGAGCCCGGAAGCCUAGAAAAUGGCCAAAAACCAAUUUUUCGAGCCCGGAAGCCUAGAAAAUGGCCAAAAACCAAUUUUUCGAGCCCGGAAGCCUAGAAAAUGGCCAAAAACCAAUUUUUCAAGCCCGGAAGCCUAGAAAAUGGCCAAAAACCAAUUUUUCGAGCCCGGAAGCUCAAAAAUCACAAUUUUCAACCUAAAAUACUCUCGAAAAUGAUGGAAAACCAGUUUUUCAACCUGAAAUCAAAUUUUUACAAUUAUAAAAACCUAAAGAAAUGCUCCAGGGCUCCAAAUUGAUCAAUUUUCAAGUUUCUGGGGUCAAAAAUCGAAUAAUUUUGAGCUCCGAAGGCUAGAAAUUAACGAUUUUUCAAGUUUUUGGGUUAAAAAUCACACGAAAAAUGAUGAAAAUCUCAAUUUUUCCAGCCGAAGACCUUGAAAUGGCCCAAAAAGUGAUGGAAAAUGCGGAACAACCGGAAGAUUUAGUUCCAAUUCGUCUAGAUAUGGAAUUGGAUGGUCAUAAGUUGCGCGAUACAUUUUGCUAUAAUAAAAACGAAAAAUUAAUCACCCCUGAAUUGGUCGCCGAAAUGAUGUGUGAUGAUUUGGAAUUGCCACACAACACCUUUCAAUUAGCCAUUGCUCAGGUUAUACACAAUCAACUCGAAGCCGCCACUGAAGCACCGCCUUUGGAUCAGAAUACGCUGGAUCAACGAGCUGUCAUGAAAUUGAACAUCAAUGUUGGCAAUCAGAGUCUGGUUGAUCAAUUCGAGUGGGAUAUGAGUGAACCGAUGAAUUCGCCUGAGGAAUUUUCGCGAAGCAUUUGUAAGGAACUCGGGUUGGGCGGCGAAUUUGCGUCGGGAAUCGCGUAUUCGAUACGGGGACAGUUGCAGUGGAAUCAGAGGACUUAUGCGUUUAGUGAGAGUCCGUUGGCGACUGUCGAAUGUCCGUUUAGGUAAGGGUUUUACCGGAAAGACGAAAAAUACGCUAAAAAUCAUGAAAUUUGACUUAAAUUUGGUAUAGAACCUGAAAAAUGUGUCAAAUUUGAGAUUUUUGACCCAGAAACCUUGAAAAUUGGAAUUUUUGACAUGAAUUUGGUCUAAAACCCUGUGAAUUGUGGUUUUUCCUUCAGAAAUCAUGAAAUUUGAUGAAUUUUGAUUCUGGAACCUUAAAAAUUGGGAUUUUUGACCUAUUUUUGGUCCAGAACCCUUCAAACAGCGGUUUUCGAGCCAGAAAUCAUGAAAUUCGAUGAAUUUUGACCUGGAAACCUUUAAAAUUGGGGUUUUUGACCUGAAUUUGGUCUAAAACACUGUGAAUUGUGGUUUUUGAGCCAGAAAUCAUGAAAUUCGAUGAAUUUUGACCUGGAAACCUUGAAAAUUGAGAUUUUUGACCUAUUUUUGGUCCUGAGCCCUAAAUUUUGCAGUUUUUUCUUCAGAAAUCAUGAAAUUUGAUGAAUUUUGACCUAGAAACCUUGAAAUUCAGGAUUUUUGACCUAAAUUUGGUCCAGAGCCCUAAAUUUUGCAGUUUUUCCUUUAGAAAUCAUGAAAUUUGAUGAAUUUUGAGCUGGAAACCUUGAAAAUUCGGAUUUUUGACCUAAAUUUGGUCCUGAGCCCUUAAUUUUGCGGUUUUUGAUCCAGAAAUAAUGAAAUUUGACCUGAAACUGACGAUUUCAGGCUGAAAAGCAUGAAAUUUUGACUAGAAAUAGCCUAGAAAUUGAAAAUUAGGGUUUCUAGGCCAAAAAAUGCUGAAAAACUGGAUUUUUGACCUACAUUUGGUCUAAAACCCUGUGAAUUGCGGUUUUUUAGCGAGAAAUCAUGAAUUUUGACCCAAUGUGGUCUGAAAACGUGAAAAUCCCCACAUUUUCACUAAAAAUCAUGAAAUUUGAUCGAUUUUGGACCUGAAGAGGACGAUUUCAGGCUGAAAAUCAUGAAAUUUUGACGAAAAAUGCUGAAAAUUCCCGUUUUUGACCCAAAAUUAGCCCAAAAUCCACAGUUUCAACCCCAAAAAACCCUGAAAAUCAAAUUUCAGAAACACAUCGGACGUCGAAUCAUGGGGACCAUUUUUGGAGACGUUGACCGACGCUGAAAUUGAGAAGAAAAUGCGAGAUCAAGACAGAAAUACGAGAAGAAUGCGACGAUUGGUCGGAGGAUCAUUCCCAUACUGA